ACAAAUUAACUUGCCCUUAUGCAAAAUGGUGUUUGCCAAUACAUUCACAAAGAAUAGACAUGUAAGUAAGUUCCAUCCAGAAGAAGAAACAACAACAACAAGGAAGAAGCACAUCAAAUGUCCUAUAUGUCCAAAUGAAGAGAAUUUUUCGUUCCAUGAUUGUUUAAUUAAACAUUUAAGUACCAUACAUAAUCUGAAUAUUCAACAAUCUGUUUUUUAUUUUAGAAAUCUUGAAGAGUUUACAGCUUGGAUGUCGCUGGAUAAUAAAGAAGGAAACUAUGCUCGUCAUGAUAGACAAAAACAUGCUAGUGGAGAAGAGACUAUAUUAUAUAACUGUAACAGAAGCAAUUCUAAAGGAUUUGUUAGUUCAUGCAGCAAACGUAAUAUGAAAACUGGAGGUAGUAUUCGUAUAAAUGGGACCUGCCCUUCACGAAUUUUAGUGAAAAUAACUACAGAUGGUCAAAUUCAAGCCAAAUUUUUUGAAACAUGUGGGCCAUACAGAUGA